AUGUUGAUCUCGUUCGAAUAUCUUCUUACAUGUGCUGGUGAUGAGUUGGGUAUGCUUGAAGAUUCUGUUGAGGCAAUUCAUGCCCUAGAACAUGUCCAUGUACGCUUUGUACCUGCAACUAUAAACAAUAGUUUAUUGCAACCUCGUUUUUUUGGUACACGAUUUUAUUGUAAGGUCGCGAUACCCUUGCCUACUCAUACGUUUGCUCGAUUACCACAAGUUUUAAAAAAUGGUGCUGUAAUUCGUAUUCUACCAAUAGUAUUCAAUAUUGGUAUUGAUCAUCGAGCAUUAUUUGCACGAGCAAAGGAGUUCAACUUUUUUAACGCACCACCAAUUGAACAAAAUCUCAAUUGUAAAAGUCUAGCUAAACUCAAAGUCUACAUUAAUAAAAGUGUCGAUAAUUUACCAGACGACAUACCUCAUUUGAUGGAGUUGCUUGAACAUGCAAUCAAUUCAAACAAACCAAAAAAUGUUGAUAUUUUUCCACUUGCUGAAAAAAUUUGCCGUAAAGUAUAUGGAAUAAGAGUCACAGGUUGUAAAAGUGCUAAAGAUCGCACAUCAAUGGGCUUUACAUUAGAACAAGGUCAAUUACUUGUAAAUAAUCAUAAUGUUGAUCGACAUGAUCUGCAAGAUAUAAUUAGUCGAUUUCGACGUAAUGGUACAUCAAUUGAGAAUACACUUAUUAAUACAGGUGUUAAAGCGUACGCUUUUUCAACUAUUCAAUUAGUUACAUUUCCAGAAUAUUAUCGUGCUCCACCGGGCACUUACGGGAAUACUGAAACAUAA